AUGCCCGAUGAAAAGGAAACUUUGGCAGAUUCUUCAACUGCCAAUACUACUACCGCAUCAGUACCAGCAUCACAAGAUGCGCCUCCAGCCUACGAGAGCCUCAAUCUUGCAGCUUCAAAUAGUAACAUCGGUCAAGACACCUGGAGGCGCGGGAGCUCUCUUACUCAACAACCUAUCAGCCUUCCGACUGCUCCCAAUAAUGUAACCACACCAACACCAUUCCGACCCCCGUCAUCGACGCAGAGGGGCCACACACGAACGCUUAGCUCAUCUUCUACAAAGUCCACAACCAGCCUAAAGACGAAGAAGAGCUGGUUCAACUUCAAAUCGUCGUCUUCAUCUACACAGUCAUCGUCGCGAACUAUCGGAGAAGUAAGAUCUACGGUGUGUGGGCUGGUACGCAAUCUUGUCGUGGGCCCGCAGGAACAACAAUUCAGUGCAGACUCCCUCUCCCCUGCUGCCCAAGGCAUCCUGCAGAGUUGUGCCGAGGCAUGCACGACGCAUUCCAUGUCACUCUCCACGAUCCUGCAGGAGAAGUUCGUGGAGAGUCAUUCUCCACUUUACUGGGCUAUCGUGAAACGACCGGUAAGGCCACACAAUAGCAGGAGUACGGCGCAGACCACUGUAAGCCUUCUCGAUCGAGAAGAAGUGGAAGAGUCUGAUGGAGGAACAGAACCAUCCGACUUGUUAGGAGCCUUGUUAUCGCAUGCAAAACCACUAGAGGCCAGUACCAUUGCCGAGAUGAGGUUAGCAUGCCUGGCGACGUCGGACCAAAAGACUUUCCAACGGCUUCACCUAGCCAUCCCAGAGUUCUCUUCUAUUCCGGGGGCUGAUCAGAUUUUGUUGGGCGCCAGACAUCCUACAGACUUUAUCACAGUUGAAAUUGGAGAUGGCACUGAGGGAGCAUUUACUGCAACUAUGCAGAUACCUCAAUUUCACAAAAGGAUGAUGGUUUCUCGCGAAAUUGGGCUUGAAUUCGUUGCGCGCAAUAGGCUGUGGCGCUUCUCGUUCCUAAUAACACCCGAUAAUGUAUGGUAUGGGCCUCCUCCUGGGACCUGGUGUGUGUCGAUAUCACUACAGGAGCCUAGUCCUCCUACGUGGCUAGAUGCACAUCUAGUCAUUGACACGACCACCAUUGGCCAUGUAUCAGACGAAGCAUCCACAGCGCUUCGUGUAAAAUCCAAACAGAUGAUGGAAGCGCCGCGUAACGGUCUUCCCGCUACGCAAACAGUUGUUUCACUGGAUGAGAACCCUGCAUUCACCAGUCUCCAAUAUUCGGGGAGCUCAUAUAUCCCCGACGACGAGAUUUUGAGAGUAAAGCUACGAGCCAAGCUACGAAAGCCUGCCCAGGACAUCGAUUAA